GGCAAUGGUUGGCAGGCACCCCCCUCCUAAAGACGCAGGGGUACUGAGAGAGGAGAGAGCGUGGUGUUGAGGGCAGUAGGCAAGAGAGAGUCAGAGAGUGAGAGUGGAGUCGUUUUGCUGUGGCUCCUCAGUAAACCCAAGUUGGAGACAGAGGGCAUUGUAUUGACAGCAGCAUGAUCCUUAUCACAUUUGGACUCUAUCUUCCACUAUUGUUUUGUUAUGUCUUGUCUCAGUCCUCUUUCCUGGACAAUAUUCUCUCAUUCCCAGCAGCUCUCCAACAACAACCUGCCGUGGACCAGCAGAGGAAAUUCAACCCCUGCUGUUUACUGAGUCCACCCCCGCCCCCCCUAUUCCCUCCUCCUCCCUCACUGUGGCACCCCGGUGGUCAUAAUGAGGAGACCAGUAAGGGAGGUGAUCACAGACCAGAUCCAGAUACAGGGACAGAGCUGAAAGGGCCCAGCUGUGUCCCAGGCCCCCCUGGCCCCAACGGACCCCCCGGUCCUCAGGGUCCAGCUGGGCUACCAGGUCUGACGGGACCAAAAGGUGAAAAGGGAGAACUGGGACGACCUGGACAAAAGGGUCGGACGGGGCCUCCAGGUCUCCCGGGGCGCCAGGGACCAGCCGGGUGGCCAGGACCAAAUGGGCCCAAGGGGGACAAGGGAGAUGGUGGAUUGAUGGGAAUACCUGGAGCAAGAGGACCUCUUGGACCGAAGGGUUUACCUGGAUACAAAGGAGAAAAGGGUUCCCGUGGUGACCGUAGUGAGAGAGGGAUGAAGGGAGACAAGGGCACAAUGGGCUUCCCUGGAAUGCUUGGACAGAAAGGGGAAAUGGGUCCAAAGGGAGAACCUGGAAUAUCAGGGAAUAGAGGACCGACGGGCAGACCAGGGAAGAGGGGCAAACAGGGAGGGAAGGGCGACAAUGGGAUUAUUGGCCCUCUAGGUCCAGCAGGUCCUCAGGGGUCCCCAGGCCACCCUGGUCCCCCAGGUCUCCCAGCCUCAGGACUCUACGUGGUUGGAACGAAAGGUGAGAGGGGGCUACCAGGUCUUCCUGGACCUUGCAGCUGUAACUCCAUUAGUGUGAAGAGUCCACAGUUUGAUGAACAUAGUUCCAGGAGCGACUACGCCAAAGUGCCAGCGAUAUUUGUGGUAAACAGUCAAGAAGAACUAGAUGGUCUUCAUACAGACAAUGCCCUAGCCUUCCGGAAAGACCAGAGAUCGCUUUACUUCAAAGACACCAGCGGAUGGCUGCCCAUUCAGACUUCUUUCUUCCAGCUGACGCCGUUCCAGUCUACGGAGAACGCUCCGGAACAGGAGGGUUACUGUGGCGACGGGAUCGUUCAGAUCCCCAAUGGGGAGGAAUGUGACGACGGGAAUAGGAUUGUCACCGACGGCUGCGUCAAGUGUAAACAUGCUUACUGUGGAGAUGGUUAUCGCUACGACGGGGCCGAGGAAUGUGAUGGAAAGGACUUUGGCUAUCAGACAUGCAACUCAUAUCUCCCAGGGUCUUAUGGUCGUCUCAGAUGCACUCCGUACUGUGUCAUUGACUCUACAAACUGCAAGUAUUUCACAUGAGGAGGAACCUGGACACAGCAGUGGGAUCCUUCUUGUCUUGUUUGCUUUGGUACUGAACAGGAUGACGGUAAUGCAAAUAAAAGAUCAACAACAACACUGCAAACAAGAGACUCAAAAAGGAAGUGUUGACAAACUGGACUAAGCCUGACAAAAUAACUAAAACUACACACACUAACUCUGUUGUAUCGCUGCUGAAGCCAUGUAGCUCCCGAGGAGGGGAGCCGGGGCCAGUAAAACGCCCCCCCCUCAUCCAUUCGCACUGGACAAUUUCACUUUGUCUUAAAUAAAACUCAACUCAAGACUGAAGAGGCUCUGCCCACCUGAUAGGACCAGCCGCUGAACGAGAGGCGGUCAAAUGAGAGACAGCCAGGAAGGGAGAGACAGCCAAUGGGAAAGCUCUGAGAAAGUGAGAUAUUUGUGGGUGGAGCCGGAAGCCAUAUUUACCUCGACGUAGCACUGUUAAAGAAAAGAGAACCAGGUCUGAACAAUCAAAAGUAGGGUGCUGUGUAUUUUACUGCAACGUCAAUGACAUCAUGUACUGUAGCAUUUGCAUGAGGCUGAGAUUGCUGUGAGACCAUGGCCACACAUGUCAUUACCUAGGCAUUUAACCAAUCACAAUACUUACUAUCGUUGUCAUGAGCUUCGUACUGUGUAUAUAUAGUAGGUAUACGUCUCCAAUUGUACGUAGGGAGUAUAUUGUAUGUUAUAAUUGUACUAAUCAGGACAGCAGGCGCAUGUUAUAAUGAUACAGUAUUCAGGAGGAUUCUGAGAGCCUUGGUCAGUCUGUACUGAAGAGGCAGAUCUUAAGCCUUGGUCAGUCUGUACUGAAGAGGCAGAUCUUAAGCCUUGGUCAGUCUGUACUGAAGAGGCAGAUCUUAAGCCUUGGUCAGUCUGUUCUGAAGAGGCAGAUCUUAAGCCUUGGUCAGUCUGUACUGAAGAGGCAGAUCUUAAGCCUUGGUCAGUCUGUACUGAAGAGGCCGAUCUUACGCCUUGGUCAGUCUGUACUGUAGAGGCAGAUCUUAAGCCUUGGUCAGUCUGUACUGAAGCCUUGGUCAGUCUGUACUGAAGAGGCAGAUCUUAAGCCUUGGUCAGUCUGUACUGAAGAGGCAGAUCUUAAGCCUUGGUCAGUCUACUGUAGAGGCAGAUCUUAAGCCUUGGUCAGUCUGUACUGUAGAGGCAGAUCUUAAGCCUUGGUCAGUCUGUACUGAAGAGGCAGAUCUUAAACCUUGGUCAGAUCCUCUUCAGAAGAACAGUAAAGCUAUGUACUGUACAGUAGUAGCAUUAAGCCAAGAUGGCUGCCUGUGGAAAUAGCAGCCAAGCUGAUAGACCGGGAACCCUCACCUUCUGGUAGAACUGAACAGCUGUUGUCCCAAAUGACACCCUAUUCCCCAUGUAGUGCACCACCUGUGACAAGAGUCCUAUGGGCCCUGGUUAAAAGUAGUGCACUAUAUAGGGGAUAGUGUGCCAUUUGGACAACCAGGCCCGUGCGCUCUAUUAGCUUUUGAUGGCACUGUACUGUAGUUGAAGAGGGCCGUUCAGAAUCUGGACAUUGUGGGCAAGGUCAGCUUUGCUUUAGUUUAGAUUGACAUUUCCACGGUUUAACUCAGGAACCUCUAACAUAAUGUUUUCAGAGAAAUCCUCCCUCAUAUCCACUGUAGAACACAGAUGAGACCAAUGAGUCUAUGCUGCACACUGACUGUUACACUGUCCCCCUCCUCACUCAGAUGUGCUUACUGUACAUGUUGAUGACUCGUGCCAUCAGUCCUCCAGGUAAAGAGGAGGACCUCAGUGAACUACUCUCUGCAGGGAGAUAUGACACGUGAAGGCAGGCAAAAUGUUAUUAUUACUGCUACAUGUUCUUAAAUCAUUUCCUCAUUGCAGAUCAGGAAGCUUUUUUAGCUGCUAAUUGGUAGGAAGUGAAUUCCGAUAGUUAGGGUGGGAAACCUUAUGACAGUCUACGGUGCAUCAGUUAGAAAGCUCUGGACAUCUUUCUGUCUCGUAUUUAUAGCAGUACUCCUCUUGAUACCUCCAGCCUGCCUGCUUAAAUACCUGGAGCAGAACUACUGCACCACUCAGUGGAGAACUGAACACUAUAGUUGUAGUCUGCAUUACUUCCUGUAUUCCCUCAGUAGUUUAAGAGAACGUUUCAGGAUAAGCUGUUCUUUACCACAAGCUACAGGUCUCCGUGCCAACGGAGGCCGACCUUUAACCUCACCCACACUUACGAAAAUAUUGUUACUCACGUAAAAGUGGAUGUAUGAAAAUAUGUCAUUUCAAGACUGUUCUAAAUGUUACAUCUGCAUGUUAGUGGUACUGUAAUUUACAAGUUUAAAAUGCAACCGAUUUGCCAAAGGAGGCUGUGAAUGAAGCCUACAUGCUGUAAGUAAAUAUUAGUCAUCUCUCGACAAGGUAUAUGCUUUUAAAGAAAUAUUGAUGGUUCUUGUUAAUGUAACUGUAUAACUGUAAUGACUGAAUAUUACGUCAACUUUUAUAUGACAGGUAUAAAUGUAUUAUCCAUUGCACCGUGUAUAAACACAUUAAAUAUCCAUUUGUUUGGCUAAUAUGAGUGUACUGUAUGCUGUAGGUACACUAGUAGCAUGUGAUAACAUUACACAAUGCUUGGUGGUGGUGAAUGCGCUCGCAUAUCAGGAUUUCAAAACUCCUCUGAUUUCAUAAUUAAAACAUGUUUGACACAGACAUGCAUUAUUGAGAACAAAAUAAAGAUGAGAAAAUGGAA